UGUUUGUUCUUGUUCUCUUCCUGUUUGCAUCGACUGUCGAUUCUCUCGACCCGUCGUGGGUUUCCGCCUACAAUGUCGUCUGGACUAGCGCGACGGCUGACGAAAAGGGGUCGAUGCCGCUCGGCAAUGGGGACUUGGCCAGCAACGUGUGGCUCGAGAACUCGACAGGCGAUGUCCUUUUCUACUUGGCCAAACCCGACGCGUGGGAUUCCAACGCGAACCUACUCAAGGCGGGCAGAGUGAGGAUACAUUACGAUCCUCCUCUCUACACUGUCGCUGAUAGCCAGCAAUACAAACAGACUCUGGAUUUACUGACGGGCAGUGUGUCUAUCGAGUCCGCCGGUUACUCUGUCCUUCUAUUUAUUGACUCGAGCCUCAACACGUUUCGAGUCAAGACACAGCGUACGGACGCCAAACCGUUUGGCGCAACCGUUUCGCUGGAAGUUUGGCGCACUAGCCCGACGGCAGCGAGCGGUUCCUUCUGUAAGGCGCGCAUUACGUCUCCCGAUACCGUCGUCGACCCGGUGCCGACAUACUUCACCGGAAGCAUCGUUUGGUAUCACAGGAAUUUACUGAAAAGCGGUACCACUGAUUACUGGACAGAUGCUCUUACACUUCAAGGGCUCGGUAGCCUAACUAAGUUGCUCUGGGACCCUCUGGCUAACGUCACGUUUGGAGGAAUUAUACGUGGGCCGAACCUGAAGCGGUUAAACAGUACGACACUAGCCGGAUCGGAUCUGAAAGAAUUAGACGUGGCUGUAACGGUAGAGACACUGCAAGCUAACAAUUCGGUAGACGAAUGGUUUGAGUAUGUAAACAAGCAGGCGAGCAGUAAUCCCGACGUCGACGUGAGUUUCAACAAGACAGCAGCCGCCUGGAUGAGUUUCUGGUCUCGCUCGGGAGUCAUUAUCAACGACACUUCAGGUGGUGAAGGUCCGACGAACGACGGCUACAUGAUUUCUGCGCAGUCCGUCUACCAACGAUUCCUUGACGCGUGCGAUGGACGCGGUAGCUUGCCUAUAAAGUUCAACGGUCAGCUGUUUUCGGUAGACGUGGGGAAAGGGCCCGAUUACCGUGAUUGGGGAGGCGGAUUUUGGUGGCAGAAUACCCGACAGCCAUACUACAAUAUGCUCGCUUCUGGCGACUUGGAUUUGUUAAGAGCGGUUUAUCCAUUCUAUUUGAGAUUGUUGCCUCUCGUCGGCAACAGAACACAGAUUUAUUUCAAUCAUAGCGGCGGUUAUUUUCCGGAGACAAUGACUCACUUCGGAACGUACGAAAAUGGCGGCUUAGGGUAUGGGUGUACGCAGAAGCAGAAAGACAUCGGCAUACCUGAUAACACGUACAUCCGAUAUCACAUUGUAGGUUCGUUGGAGUUAGUAUUCUUGAUGCUAGACGACUUUCAUUUCACGCAGGACAAGACGGUCGCUGAGACGUUUCUCUUACCGAUAGCAGAGAUGGUGUUGACGUACUACGACGAGCAUUGGCCACAGAAGGAUUCUCAGGGAAAGACGAUUUUCUUUCCGGCUCAGUCGCUAGAAACGUGGCAGUGUAAAAGCGUGCCCGCCCGAGUAGAAGACUGUGUUACCAAUCCAACGCCGGACAUGGCCGGUCUUCAUGCAAUCUUACCGCGAAUGUUGCAGCUACCGGCCAGCGGAGUGACUGUAGACCCGAAGGAGGUAGACAGAUGGAAACGCAUGCUCGGUAGCUUACCCGAAAUUCCCGUAGGGAAGGACCAGCAUGGUGCCACAGUUGUCACGCCCGGCGAGAAGCUACCAGCACGGACAUCCAAUUCAGAAAACACCGAACUCUACACGGUCCAUCCGUUUCGUCUCUAUACGUUCGCUGGAACGAACGAAACCCUCACUCUAGCACGAAACACGUACAACGCUCGUCGUUUCCCAUGUAACAACGGAUGGUGUCAGGAUGUGAUGGACGCAGCGCUGCUAGGACUAACCGACGACGCCAAAGGCAAGGUAACCGAUAGAGCGAAGGCCAGUCCUGCCGCCGGGUGGCGCUUCACAGGGUUUGCCGCUCAUUAUCAAGACUACGAGCCGAGUUUAGAUCAUUUGAGUACAAUGAGGACAGCCGUACAUUACAUGCUCGUACAGUGGUCGUCUGUUAACGACACCGUGUUUCUAUUCCCUUCGUGGCCCACUCAGUGGGAUGUCACGUUUAGGCUUCACGCACCACUGAGUACAGUGAUUGAAGCAUCGUGUAUAGGUGGCAAGCUGAAAUCCCUGACGGUAACUCCUGACACCAGAAAGAAAGACAUCAAGGUUAUCAACUGCAGCAUGUGAAACAAUUAAUUAACUAAAAAACUGCCAGUGCUGCGUAACUAGAGACUGUUGUUUGUUCACAUUGCGAGCUGUUUUGUAACAGAUAAAUUGUCUUCCCCGUUCAUUUCCACGUGUGAAUACAUAAGCUUGAGCGGCUGGACA